UUGCGUAUGUGGAACUUUCUGCGGAUUCCUGUGAAGAAUAUUGAAUUUUCGUUUAACUCAAAUUCGUUAUUAUAAUUCAUUAGUUUUAUUUUAUUGUAUUCUGCAACGGGAUGACUUCCGAUUGGGAUGAAAUCAAGCGACUCGCUGCUGAUUUCCAGAAAGCGCAGCUUUCCACCGGUUUGCAAAGAUUAUCGGAACGAAAUUGCGUGGAGGUCGUUAGUCUGUUGAUUGAAAAAGGUUUAUUGGAAGUUAUUUUCACUACAGAUGGAAAGGAAUAUCUCACCCAGACGCACCUGAUCCAGGAAGUAAAGGACGAACUUUAUGUCCAAGGUGGCCGGGUUAAUUUGGUUGAUCUGGCCAAAACGUUGAACGUGGAUUUCGAUCGGGUUCAACGUAUUGCCGAGCAGAUAGUCCGUGAAGAUGGGACUAUUAAAUUCGUUCUCGGUCAACUGCUGGACGUCUCGUAUUUUGAGCGAGCAGCUAUGGAGAUCAAUGAAAAGUUAGCUCAAGCCGGUGAGAUAAAUGUGGCGGAUUUGACGAUGCAGUAUGAUUUACCUGCGGAUUUUAUACUGAAUCAUAUUAUCCUAAAAAAUCUGAACAAGAUAAUCAUGGGAAAGCAGGAUGCAUCCAAUGCAAACAUCUUUUUUACCCAGUCAUAUGUUAUAAGAAGUAAAGCUAAGAUCCGUGGUGCGUUGACUGCCAUUACCAAACCAACUCCAGUUUCGGCCAUUCUUGCUCAGUGUGGUAUUCCAGAUAGGCUUUUCUACUUGCUGUUUAAUGAUGUAGCAACACUUGGAAAUGUUACUUCCCGAUCACCAGGUGCUCAGUAUAUUCCGCACAUAUACAGAAAAACUCAAGUGGAUUGGGUUCAGCAUUUUUAUCGUCAAAAUGGAUAUUUAGAGCAUGACUCUGUGGCAGGGUUAGGUGUUUCAGACGUUAAAACCUUUAUUGCUAAUCAAUUACCCGAAGCAAAAAUUGUCCAUUUGAAGAAGUGCAGUGUAGGAGAAAAACUCAUCGAGCAGGUUUCCGCUUCUUUAGAAGAAUGUUUUUCUUCCAACACUUAUUUGGACGUUUCAACAAUUUUGCCUACCAUAAUGACGGACGAAGACAUUGAUCAACUUAUUUCGAUAGUGCUAACACCUGCCAUGCAGAAACAAAUACUAAUUUUUGGUAGCACAAUUCUAACAACCAAGUUUAUUGACGAUAUUAUAAAACCCUGCUAUGACAUUGCGGAGGAGCAUGCGAAGAAAUCUGUCGAUAGUGGCAGCUAUCAGCAGUACAUGGCAGAGAAGCUGAUGAAACGCCAAGAUCCGAUGGACAGGCAGUCAGCAGCAAUUGGGGAAGGAAAAUCGGACAAACGUGAGGAACGCCGAAAGAAGGCCGCCGGUGGCAAGGGCGGUGGCGGUACACAGGGACGUGAAACAAAAACGAAAUCAACGAAAAAGCACACUCGCGGUCAGAAAGGUAAUGUUUCCGAUUCGGACGAUGAUAUGGUAGGUGGUGGAAAUGUAGGAGGGAAGCAUGGCGGUAAGGAAGCGAACAUCGAACUCAUUACAGUGAAGGAAAUGUGCAAGGUUUUAGAUGCUGGAUUGGAACCGGAAGGAUUGGAAUAUGUAUCGAAACAGAUAGCUCAACACUAUUAUCCGCAAUUCAGCAAGUUAGCGUUAGCAAAAGCGCACCAGCUCUACGAAAUAUCAUUGCAUCAAAGCAAUCAAAACCGCCGACAGACCCAUGCCAGCCUACAGGACAAGCUGAACAACCUGUACAAUGACAUUCGUCUGUACGAGAAAGGAAUCAAACUUCUCCCAGCCGACGUGCAACCUCAACUGGUGAAAUACUUGCUAAAGUCUCUCGGCACCGAUUUUUGCAAUGAAAUAUGUUUCUACGUUGCGGCCGAGUGCAAUCUGAACAGCAACGGAACCACUUUGACCGUGGAACAACGCAAUAAAAUCGUCCAGGAAUGCAGCCAAGAGUACAAGUCGGCACUGCAGGCACUGAACAAAGCCGUCUCCAGUAGCGCUUCGAUUGAUGAUUUCCUGGAUGUCGCCGAAAACGCCCUUCAAACCUGCAGUAUGAUACUAAAGAAGAUCGACAAGAAGAAAGAUAGAAACUUAAUUCUAUGUCACAAACACGGCCUGCUCGAGCAGUUGGCGAACUGUACGGAUCCGGCACUGGUUCUACAUUUGUCGGUACUCAUAAUGUUCACAAUUUGUACCCAGAGUAUGUUACAUGCUUCCGGGCGUCAUGUUUCAUCAAUAUUGAGCUUUAUGCAGCCGCAGCUAAUUUCGGAGCAAGCUCAAAUAUUAACCACUUAUCACGAUUUGGUAUUGAAACUUCUUGGUGCUGAUAAUGCAACAAAUGAUGGCAAACUUGACGUCGAAGUCAUUACUAAACGUUUGGAAGAGAUGACUCCUAAGGUUAAAGACAUCGCCAGUAAUUUCAAGAAAUCUGGUAUUACAAGUGCUGAAUAAAUUAAAUAAAUUAAAUCAUGAUUGUUUGCCUUUAAUCGCACACCAAUGUUUUUUUCUAAACUUGUUGGAUUUUUGUUAACAUAUACAUAGGGUAAAUAAUAGGACAAUAUUUCUACUCAG